UGAGAGCGCGGAGGAGGCGCACCGAGCUGAGCACUGCGAUCAGAUGCUCCCAUCGAGGAGGACACAGAUGGACAGCCUCGUUCAGCCGCUCGUCGCCCAGUACCUCGCCAUGGGAUGUCAGUCGAAAGAGAACCACCAAGACGAAAGUGUGUGUCCGGACGAGAAGGGGAAGGACGAUGCUAGAGCGACUCCAAGAUGCAGCUCCAGGGCUAGAGUUUCUCCACCUGGACGUCCUCACAGGUUCCACAGACCCAGCCCGGCCCAGGCGGCCCCGUCCAAGUCCAUGAUGCCCCUGGGUCCCCUCACCAAGGGGGCGAGCUGGGAGGGCAUCAUCCAGGCCUGCCUGCAGUCCUUUGAUUCAAACGGUUGCGUAUGCGGGAGCAGCCACUUGCUCAACAUCACCCUGACCAUGCACCGUCUCCUCAUCUCCUCCAGUGAUCUGCUGGACAAUCUCAUUACUCUAUUCAAAACAGCGCUGGACAAUGAGCAGCCAACAGAGUGUCAGAGGAUAUGCUACCUCAUCAGACACUGGAUCCAGGAGUUCUGGAUGAUGUUCCGCUUGCACCACAGCUUGUCAGACAGCCUUGACCAGUUCAGGGAGCUGAUCAGAGAGCAGGGACAGGAGCAUCUCUGCUCUCUGCUAGAGACCAAAUGGAUAAAUGAGCGGGACUGGUCGUGGAAGGCCAGCCAGAAGAUUAAAGCUAACAGCAGUAAAAAGAGGAAGGUUUCUCUUCUUUUCGAUCACCUGGAGCCCAUCGAGUUGGCCGAGCACCUCACCUUCUUGGAGUUUAAAUCUUUUUGCAGGAUAUCAUUUGUAGACUAUCAGAAUUACAUUCGCAGCUGCUGCAUGAAGGACAUCCCAGUGAUGGAGCGUUCCAUUGCACUGUGUAAUGGUAUCUCCCAGUGGGUUCAGUUGAUGGUGCUGAGCCGACCGACCGCUCAGUUGAGAGCUGAGGUUUUCACCAAGUUUAUCCACGUUGCACAGAGUCUACAUCUUAUGCACAACUACAACACACUAAUGGCAGUGGUGGGGGGCCUUUGUCACAGCUCCAUCUCCAGACUGAAAGACACCACCUCACAUGUACCUAGUGAGGUCACUAAGGUGCUGAACGAGAUGACAGACCUGCUGUCCUCAUGCAGAAACUAUGACAACUAUAGACAAGCUUACAGCAGGUGUACAGGUUUUAAAAUCCCGAUCCUGGGCGUCCACCUCAAAGACCUUAUCUCCGUCAAUGAGGCCAUGUCGGACUAUGUGGAGGACAACAAGGUCAACGUCCAGAAGCUCCAGGCCCUCUACAGCCACAUCAAUGAGCUGAUCCAGCUCCAGCAGAUCCCACCAAGGCUGGACGCCAACAAAGACCUGGUCCAUCUGCUGACGCUGUCUUUGGACCUUUACUACACAGAGGACGAGAUCUAUGAACUGUCUUAUGCCAGGGAACCCAAGAACUGUAAAGCACCUCCAGCCACCCCCUCAAGACCUCCUGUGGUUGUGGAGUGGGGAUCAGGAGUGGCUCCCAAACCUGACCCCCGAACCAUCAGCAAACAUGUACAGAGAAUGGUGGACUCUGUGUUCAAGAACUAUGAUCACGACGAGAAUGGUUUCAUUUCUCAAGAGGAGUUUGAGAAAAUUGCUGCUAGCUUUCCAUUUUCCUUCUGUGUCAUGGACAAAGAAAAGGAAGGCCUCAUCAGCAGAGAGGAGAUCACAGCCUAUUUCAUGCGGGCCAGCGUCAUCUGCUCCAAACUGGGACUUGGGUUUGUCCACAACUUCCAGGAGACCACUUACAUGAAGCCCACCUUCUGCGACAACUGCUCAGGAUUUUUGUGGGGUGUCAUCAAGCAAGGCUACAAAUGCAAAGACUGCGGAAUGAACUGCCACAAGCUAUGCAAGGACCAGGUAGCGUUUGAGUGCAAGAAGAACACCAAAGCAGCCAACGCCAUUGACAGUCCAUCACCGAGCUCAACGUCCAUCACAGGCACCUCAGAGGGUUCAGAAGACUGUCCCUUCCCCUAUCCACCUGAUGACAGCAAAGACUGGAGUCCGGACUCCCCAGUCACCUCCACUCUGAGGCCCCAGAGGGUUCACAGUGGCACCCAGACAGACGGACUCCAGAUUUUUGCUGCAUGCCCUGAAGCCAGUCGCCCUCAGCCUGUGCUGUUACUACCAGCAGCACCCCCCCUCACCUCGUGUCCCAGCCCGGUGCCCCAGAGGAAACACUGUGCCAAGUGGGAAAACAGAGCUUCUGUCAUGCAAAAGCCUAAAGAACAAGAGGAGGAGAGCAAACCUACAUAUGAAUCUCUAGACUCAGACAACCAGAGGCUGCAGGAAGCCAACGAGACACUACGGAGGAAGCUGAAGGAGACAGAGCGGGAGGUGGAGAUCUUAAAGACGCUGCUGAAGAGAAACGCUCUCCACCGAGUGGAGGAAGACUCCUCAUCCUAGUCGAGUACAUACAGUAUACUGAGCCUCCUCCAGGGAGACUGCUGCUGCCCCCUUAUGGGAGCAUGCAUUAAAUCUGGAUUCAAUAUUUAGGUGGUCAUUAACAGACCAAGUAAUUUAUCAGAGUAAAGAAACCCAGGCAAUCAGGCGGUAUACAGUGGGACACAAUACAAACAGCCUGUGGAGGAGUUUUAAUGCUGAGUCCCUUGUACAGUUUUACAGGAAAAUUGCAAUUUGCUGAGCCCAUAGAGUAGUAACAGUUGGAAUUGAGUUUUCUGUGAAAAGUAUGUGAACAUUGAAUGAAGGAGUGCCGUAUUUUACAGUGAAAAUAUAGCUACAUGUGUUUGAUCAAUUCAUGAUCAAUUAAUGGCCUUAGACAUUUAUGUUAAACAUAAAAAUGAAAUCAGGGACCACAGUGAACUGUAUGCAGCGAUAUAUCUAUCAAAAACAACUUGUGCCAUAUAUGACAGAUGUGUUAUUAUUGUAAGAUAUGUUCCGAUACCUGGAUUGCAUAUCGGCCGAUACAGAGUACCAAUCUGAUGCUUUGGGACCGUCUUUGUCGAAUUUAUUACGUCAUUCGAAUGUUAUUUCCAAAGAUAUCUGCUGCUUUUCUUCCUAUUUGCCUUGGUUACCUCCUCGUGCUCUUUCUUAUGAUGGUUCCUUAUGAGAUUGCUUGAGUUGUAAUGAGGACAACCCCCCCACCCCUUGCAUACGUACAUGUCGGCGUGCAGUGAGAAAAAAAUGCCAAAUUGCUGACAUAGCUAGCUCUGGCUAACGCUACACUACCAGAAAUCACUUUUUUCACCUCAAUGGCAGUACAGCGCAACUGCUGUUUUAAUGUGGUGGAGAAGAAGUGACUUCCAGGAAAAGAAAAGUGCAGUUUUAUCUGCAUGAAACUAAACUAUACUUAAAAGACGUGAUAUCGGAGAACAUACAUGUACAUACUUUUGCGUACUCCCUGAUGACCGACCUGGCGUUUUCGUCUGUAUCGGAGCAAUUUACGAUGCUGUUAGAACAUCUAGUAAUAAUAAACUAAUAAGAGCCCAUUGAUGAUAGCAGCAGAAUGAAAUAUCAGCACAGUCAGAACGGCCUCGACAGAAGUGAUGUUGCUCUGCAGAAGUUAUCGCUGCGUUCAUAUUUAUUGUCUGAAACACUACACAAAGAUCCAAGGAGUGAUAUAAAUAAACAUUUUGUACAGUGUGCUGGUACUUUCAGUGGAUUGUUUAUGCUUGUGUGUUGGCAUCAUAUUGAUACUUUCUAUUUUUAUCGUGCAGCCAUGUCAUUCAAUUACCGAGUGGUCCACUGUAGCAGUGUUGUGCUCUGAAUGGGAGUGGAGAUAGAUGUGUUUGUACAAUGUAUAAUGUUCUGUAUAUAUGCACAGUGUCGUCUUAGAUAUAGGUUCACCCCCCGAGUAUUGUUCCCUCAUUGUUAUAAUAAACUG